UGUGUCUCUCUCUGAAUAAUGAGCAACCAGAGGGAGAGAGAAAGCAAGACAGAAAGAGAGAAGGAAGACAAUCUUCUCCUGCCACACAAAACGCCGGAGCACCAGGGGGUGCGCGAAGCCUUUCUAAUAACAACAACAACGUGCAGGAGAGAGGAAGGGGGAAAAAGAAAGAAAGAGAUGGGGAAAGGGCUGGAGAGGGGGAACGGGGCUGAAUUGUCCAAGAGCUGGAGAAGCGCAGAAGGAGAAGCUGGAGGAGAUGCUGAGGCUCUGCUGCCGUCGCCCCCCCCCCUCCGCUGAACCCCAGAAGGAGGCAAGGUGGUUGCAAAGUUAAGGCUGGGACAUUGUCUUUGUCACUCAGAGUAACACAGAGCCAGGCCAGUGAGAUGCAAGAGGAGGAGGUGGCGGCGGCGGAGGAGGAGGUGGUGGAGGAGGAGGAGAAGGAGGCAAAGGAGGAGGAGAAGGGGAAGAGGGAGAUGAGAUGAAUAAAGACCUGCGGAGAAGGCGGUGCGAGGAGCGCGGCCGCCGGGGCCAAGGCGUGCGCGCUCGCGUCCCGGAGGCGCCCGGCCGCCCUGGCCGGCAGAGGAAGCCCCCAGUGUGGACCCUGCCCGGCUGCACAUAGCGCUCCCACCAUCAGCCCUGUCCGAGGCGCCCAGCCCCGGCCCCACAGGGUCCCUCACACGCAUCCAUCUAGAGGCCAAUCUUUGCAAAGAGCAGACGCGGGGAACUGGAGGUUGCAAGUCUAAACCCAAAGCAACCACGUGGGGCUUUUUAAUUCCUUUCCAGCUUGCGGUGUGAGUAUCUCCAGUGGAAAGCUCGAGUUGUCCAUUACUGGCACGAAUUUUGAGGUCGUCUCCCCCGAAAUAAAGGCUCAUUGUGCGUUUUAUUUCUUUCUGAUAUAGGAAAGGGGGGGAUGGACGGGGGACGGAAACAGCCCAUCAUUUCGAGUCUCGGAAUCACCACUUUCUUUUCCUAACUUGUGAAAUGUUUUGACGGCGCACCAGAAGGGGUGGGGGCUACUUAAAUAACUUUACACCCUCCAGCCCCGUGUUGUUUGCGCUUUCUAGCUGAGCAUCUAUCAAGGCUUAGAAAGUAACAAUCAGUGCUCCUAAUGAUAAGAUGUCACGCUGAAGACGAGAGAGCCAAGAUGAAGCUUUCACACCUCGAAUUUUUAUUUAAUUUUCCCCCAGAUCGUCUGAACUAUCUCUUUGCAAAAGAGUGGGUUUCCAUCGCCUCUUACCAGGUCGAACGUCUCCUAAGGCUUUAAUUUGAGGCGGGGGGGAGGGGUUUAGGGAGACUACAGUAUCAAAAAAAUCAAUGCAGCAAGUCAGGAGCAAUUGAAGUUCAAGGGCAUGGGCUGGCGGUACCAUUUCUAUUUCUCAGAUCCUUGAGUUGGACAUCAACAGCCCCGGGAGAGAGAAACACGCAGCGCGCGGGGCAGAGACCUUAAUUAAAGUUUCUUUUGUCCGCGUCUGAAUUGGGGGAUGUUGCUGGAUUCCUUUGCAUUGAGGAGCGCGCAUCCGGUGAAGGCGCGGUGUUGAGGAUCCUGGGCGAGACCGUUCUCUCCAACGCGCGCCCCCUCCCUUCCCCCCCAACAGUCGGAGUAUGGGCAGAUACACCCGUAAACCGUACAAUAAAGGAGGAAGAGGAGGCGCGCGCAGAGUUGGUUCCCAUCGGAUAGCAAGGCACCCUAAACAGGUUGAAAGCUCCUAUUACUGCCGGGUUUUCGGAGGCUGCGAUAAAAUCUUCAUCGACGUGAAGGUACCUUCGGGGUUGGCUUGGGUCGGAAGUGCUAAGAUAGGGGCCGCCCUUCCCCCGGGGCGCAGGGAGCCGGGCGGUGGGGCGGGGGCGAGAGGCGACGAGGUCGGGGGAAACCUGGAGUUUCCAGGCUCCGGGGGCAUCGAGGGCUUUCCGCAGUCGGGGAAUGAGCCCUGGGGAGGAGCCUUUCUCGGGAACGCGAGCGCGCCCCAGCACGCCUCCGACCUCGUAAACCCACUUGGCAAAGACCGGGGAAGCCGCUGGCGAAUCGACUGCGGUGAACUCAAGAAAUUAACCUGCGCUACAAUUAAACGGGCUGCCGCCCUUUCAGACUCACCUCGAGCGACCGAGAUAGAGAGAGCUCCCGAACCGGCCGCGGGAGGACCUGGCUCCACCCUCCCGUCCCAGAAGAAGAGGACAAAAAGGGGAGAUGGACUUGGAGAUGGCCCCGCCCUUCAAACGCUCCAAUCCUUGGAAACCAGACCUCCUCUCCAAGCUUCCACGUCUAGAAGGGACAAAGACAGCGAGGAGCUCCUGAGACUGAUGUGGAGAUGGUGGCUUUCCGGGGCUUCUGAUGUGGGUCCUUGGGGAAAAGGUACAAUCCAUUCCAAGCAGGGCUCCACGGGAUGA